AUGGCCGAUCGCCUUGUAGGUCUCAGCAUGCUCGUCGCAGCGACUGCCAUCUUCGUCUACUACACCGUGUGGACUCUGUUCAUGCCCUUCGUGGAUGACGACCACAUCCUUCACUCUCUCUUCCUGCCACGCGUCUGGGCCAUCCGCAUCCCCGUCAUCCUCAUCAUCCUCGGUACCACCGUCGUCGGUAGCUUCCUCUCGGUAGUCAUGAUAAGGAGCAACCGAAAGAAGGCGCUCAAGGCCAAGCAGAAGAAGGCCUCAUAG